CCCAUUGAUGCUGGUCCCAUUGAGUGUGGCCUACUGGGUCCCAUAGGUGUUGGUCAGGCUGACAUUGGCCAACAGGAUCCCACUGGCACUGGUCCCAUGCAGUGUGGCCAACUGGGUCCCAUUGGUUCUGGUCCCAUUCAGUGUGGCCUGCUGGCUCAUAUUGGUUCUGGUCCCAUUCAGUGUGGCCUACUGGGUCCCAUUGGUUCUGGUCCCAUUGAGUGUGGCCUACUGGAUCCCAUUGCUCCUGGUCCCAUCAGUAUUGGCCAUGUGGGUCCCAUUGGUUCUGGUCCCAUUGAGUGUGGCCUACUGGGUCCCAUUGCUCCUGGUCCCAUCAGUAUUGGCCAUGUGGGUCCCAUUGGUUCUGGUGCCAUUCACUGUGGCCUACUGGGUCCCAUUGGUUCUGGUCUCAUUGAGUGUGGCCUACUGGGUCCCAUGGCUACUGGUCCCAUCAACAUUGGCCACGUAGGUCCCAUUGGUUCUGGUGCCAUUCACUGUGGCCUACUGGGUCUCAUUGGUUCUGGUCCCAUUGACUGUGGCCUACUGGAUCCCAUUGCUACUGGUCCUAUCUACAUUGGCUAUGUGGGUCCCAUUGGUUCUGGUCCCAUCAGCAUUGGCCAUGUGGGUCCCAUUGAUGCUGGUCCCAUUGAUGUUGGCCUACUGGGUCCCAUUGGUUCUGGUCCCAUUCAGUGUGGCCUACUGGAUCCCAAUGGUGUCGGUCAGGUUGACGUUGGCCAACAGGAUCCCAUUGGUUCUGGUCCCAUUGGCUGUGGCCUACUGGAUCCCAUCAGCAUUGGCCACGUGGGUCCCAUUGACGUUGGUCCCAUUGGUGUUGGCCAACUGGAUCCCAUCGAGGUUGGCCAGGAGGAUCCUACUGCCAUUGGUCCCGUUGGUGUUGGUCUCCUUGACGUUGGCCAACUGGGUUCCAUUGUUGUUGCCCAAGUGGCUGCCAUUAAAGUUUGUGCCAUUGACAUUGGCCAACUGGAUCCCGUGGGGUCACACUGGAUCUCCAUGCAUUGCACUGGGGACACUGGGGACACUGGGGACGUGGGGGCAUUGGGUCGUGUUGGGUCUCCAUCCAUUGCACUGGGAUAUCAGGAACGUCAAGGGCACUGGGAACAGAGGGGACAUUGGGUUUGGUUUGGUCUCCAUCCAUUGUUUUGGGGACAUCGGGGACACUGAGGGCACUGGGGACAAUGGGAACAUGGGGUCACGUUGGAUCUCCAUCCAUUGGUUUGGGGACAUUGGGGACAUGGGGUCACGUUGGAUCUCCAUCCAUUGGUUUGGGGACAUUGGGGACAUGGGGUCAGGUUGGAUCUCCAUCCAUUGGACUGGGGACUGGGGACAUUGGGGACAUGGGGUCAUUUUGGGUUUCCAUCCAUUGGUUUGGGGACAUGGGGUCACGUUGGAUCUCCAUCCAUUGGUUUGGGGACAUGGGGACACUGGGGUCACAUUGGAUCUCUAUCCAUUGGGGACACUGAGGGCACUGGGGACACUGAGGAAAAUGGGGACAUUGGGGACAUGGGGUCAUUUUGGAUCUCCAUCCAUUGGUUUGGGGACGUUGGGGACAUGGGGUCAUUUUGGAUCUCCAUCCAUUGGUUUGGGGACAUUGGGGACAUGGGGUCACACUGGAUCUCCAUCCAUUGGUUUGGGGACGUUGGGGACAUGGGGUCACACUGGAUCUCCAUCCAUUGGUUUGGGGACAUGGGGACACUGGGGACAUGGGGUCACUUUCAC